AUGCGUUCAUCCAAAUUCUGUUUAAAUCCUACGGGAGACACUCCAUCAUCUUGCCGCCUUUUUGAUGCCAUCGUGAGCCACUGUGUUCCUGUUAUAGUGAGUGAUAAAAUCGAACUACCCUACGAAAGUGAAAUAGACUACAAGGAGAUCUCAAUCUUCUUCUCGGUUAAAGAGGCAUUAAAACCGGACUACAUGCUUGAUCAGUUGAAGGGAAUCCUGGAAGAAAAAUGGAUGAAAAUGUGGUUGAGACUUCGGAGCAUUUCACAUCACUUUGAAUACCAGUACCCCCGAAGAAGGAAGAUGCUGAUAUGA